AUGGCAAGCACUGGUACUAUGCAGGCGGUGGUCUUCAAGGAGCCAUACAAGGUUGCGGUCGAACAGCGCCCGGUUCCUCACGUUCAGGACCCCGAGGACAUCGUUGUCAAGGUGGGGUACACGGCGCUGUGCGGAAGUGAUCUGCACAACUACCGUGGCAUUGAGCCCACCCCCGAGGGUACCAUCAUGGGUCAUGAGUUUAUGGGUGAAGUCGUUGAAGUCGGUUCCGCUGUGAGAACCUUGGUGAAGGGGGACCGGGUGGUUAGCGCCUUCACUACCUCUUGCAGUGGCAAGUGCUUCUACUGCAAGCAAGGUUACUCUUCGCGCUGCGAAAGGAGCACUCUCUUUGGCUGUGAGAAGCUAGGCGGUGGUCAAGCUGAAUAUGUUCGUGUCCCUGAUGCCGAGGGUACCGUGAUCAAGGCUCCGGAGGGAGUCGACGAGAAGUAUCUUGUCCUCAUGGGAGACAUUUUCCCCACCGGCUAUUUUGCAGCAUCCAAUGCAUUCAAGAACAGCACCCCUGAGCAGAUCGCAGAGCAGACUGUGGUGGUCAUCGGCUGUGGGCCCGUCGGUCUCUGUGCUCUGAUCAACGCGCUCGAGUACAAGCCGAAGCACGUGCUCGCCAUCGACUCCGUCCCCUCCAGAUUGGAGCUGGCCAAGUCCCUUGGUGCGGAGCCAUGGAAUUUCAUGACUGAUCGGGCAGGGCUUGACAAACGAGUCCUGGAGCUGACCGACGGUCGCGGCGCCGAUGCUGUGAUUGAGGUCGUGGGCUUGAGUCCAGCACUCCGCACCGCAUAUGAUUUGGUGCGGCCAUGGGGUGUCAUUAGCAGCGUGGGAGUGCACAAUGCAGAGAUCCCUUGGAAUGGUGCCGAUGCGUACAAUAAGAACCUCACGGUGCAGAUGGGCCGUUGUCCCGUCCGCUCCGUCUCAGACAAGGCCUUGGAGGUGCUGAAGAAGAACCAGCAUAAGCUUGGAUUCAUGACCGAAAAGGUCAUGCCUCUCUCGCAGGCCGUUGAAGCUUACGAGCUGUUCAAUGCUAUGAAGGUGCAGAAGGUCGUGUUUGUUGCGGAUCAAUAG